AUGAUGACUACAAUAGUUAUGGAAUCAACUACUGAAAAAGUGUGCGAAGCCAGUUCGGACGCGUGUCCCAAAUUGGAAACUAUGUUUGAUGCCACACCACAGAUUGUCGAAAUAGAUGGUUGUCAAGACAUAACUUGCCCGGGAAAUGCAGUACCAUAUUUGGUAGCCACGUUCCCUGCAAGUGAAAUCGAACCGUUCUACCCAAUGGAUGUUGUUAACCCAUUUAACGUCAUACCUCCAUCUACAAUAUCUGGAAGUGUAAUUGACUAUUAUGGUAAAAUUUGUGAUGGUGGUGUGUGGAAGUUUACAAAAUAUCCGGAUGGCAUCCAUGUAAACGAUUCGGACACGAUUAUGGGUGAAGAUGGUUCGUUGACUGGGAAGAAGUCGACUUUGCUAGUGGUCACAUGGUAUGGUUUUUGUUAG